AUGAUUAAACGGGCCUUUUUUUCACAUACGUUUGUCUGUAGGAAUGGAUGUCUUGCCACUUCCUCUGUCCGCUGCUCUCUGCUGUCCGAUGUGGCGUUGAGGUCUGCAUUUCGCCGUGUUUGCGCCGAGGAGGGUGUGGGCUUGCAAGAGGGCGUAUCGGAAGAAAUAUUGGCGUCCGCCAUUGCGCAACCCGGGCUGUUCUCAGUUGAGGAUGCCAAGACAAAACUGAGGUUGUCGUCAGCUGUCACUGUAGAUGGCGGCAUGGUCUUCAUGACGGCGGACGGUGGGCGUGAGCUAGGCGAGGUUGAGUCAGUGCUGAUGAAGGUGGCGGCGAAAAUUCCCCCGUCGGGUGUGAGUGGCUCACAGCUGCAGGCGAUACUGGAAGAUGAGGCGCCGUACUUUCAGCCCUCCGCAAUGGGGGCCCUUUCUCUCAAGGAUGCGAUUCAGGCCUACCCGAAUGUUUUCAUCGUCGACACAGACUCCACUGGGAAGUGGAUGGUGAGGGCAGCCGGUAGUGCGAGGCCCAGUGUGCCGGUGACCAGCCGUGGACCGCUCAGAAUCGUCGACUUCUGCCGACGAAGGGCGUUGUUGGGCCAGCAAAGCUCCUACACACCUUUGAGGGUCGCCAUGCAGAAAACAGAUCUCACAGAUAAAGGGCUUCUGAGGGAGUUGGUAACGGAUGAAGAGGCUUCAAAAGCACUGGAGGUGAGGUUGUCUGUUAGUGUGAAACCGAAGCGUUCACCGGCUAAUGCCUUUUGCUUCAUUGAUGGCAGUGAAAUCGGCACCAAGGCGGUCGAUGCCAUGUGGAAAGGACUGUGUCUUUCGGAUCAAUCAACUCGUAUUGUGGCACGACAUCCAGCUUCACCCAAGCACAGUAGCACAGACAUUGUUGCACCGGAGGAAAUGCCAACUUACGCAGUUUUGGAGCUUAAAGCGAAAGAGCUAACGAUGCGUCAUUCUGUCAUACUCCAAGACAUCAUUUACAUGUGCUCAUCAAGGCAGUUUGUGAUGUACUCGGAGCAUGUCGCUAAGCUGAAUGCGUUCCCUGAUUCAGAUGUGUACGUGUGCUGUCCGAGUAGAGUGGAGUUAGUGGCAGAGAAACAGUACGUUCCUUUGUGA